UAUUUGUGUUGAAAAAUUACGGCUACUGAUUGUGUGGUGUAAUAUCGAACGGUAUUUAGUUUUCUUGCGUUUAUCUUAAUUUAAAUAAUUAUAUUUUUGUAUGUUGGCAAAGUAGUAUUUAAUUUUCGAUUUGUUAUAGUGCAUUAUAAAAAUCCGAUACCCAUAACCAUCUAACAAUUAAUAUAUUUUACCCACAUUGCGUACUACUUCCCUAGCAUAUGUGUGGUCAGCAUUUUGGGCAAAUGAACAGUUUUCUUAAAAGUUUGAGCAUUUCAGUGCAUUUAAAAUAACGUGUUCAAAUAUGAGUGAUACUCAACAGUCGUCAGGCUCAAGAAAGUCCCCUUCCAGUAAUACAAGCGACAGUAAACUUGCUACCGAUCCGCCAAUGCUCAAUCUUGAAGAGGCGGAGGAAGAUCGCAAACAUAUGCAAAAGAUUAUAGCGGCCUUGCGUUAUUAUCAAAAAUAUUGCUAUGCGCGCGUGAACAAGACUGAAAGCUACCUCAAUAGUCUUCCCAAACGUCAUCAGGACAUGUUGGUUAAAUAUCGCAAUCAUUUGCGUGUGAUAAGAGACUGCAUUGAUGAAAAUCAAAAGGUUAUUAAGAAAAUGCUGCGUGACAAUGUUGGAUUUAUGGAUAUGGGCGGAUCCGAAUAUUUGGCACAACAAGACAGUGAUGGUCAUACUACAAAAAUAAGGCACCAAGAUAUGGAACAUGCAACAGAGCAAGCUGAUGUUGAACCUUUUAAAAUUUUAAAGGCCCAAUCGACAUUAAAGUUAAUUGCGCGCGAUUGGAGUGCAGCCUGCGCAGAGGAACGUGAGCAGUCAUACAAACCAAUCAUCGACGCCGUUGAGGAAUUCUUUAAGCCUGGCGAAUUCGCACUCAAUGAGGUAAAAAUUCUUGUGCCUGGCGCCGGACUCGGUCGUCUCACCUACGAGCUUGCUUGCCGUGGCUAUGAAUGCGAGGGCAAUGAAUUUUCAUAUUUCAUGUUAAUUGCCUCAUACUUUGUCUUGAAUCUUUGCACUGAGGAAAAUAAAUAUACACUUUACCCCUGGGUGCAUCAAUAUGUAAAUAAUUUGCGCAUGGCCGACCAGGUAGCGCCAAUACGCUUUCCUGAUAUUUGUCCGGCAAAGAAUCCACCAAAGGGAAAUAUAAUGAUAGCGGCGGGCGAUUUCUUGGAGGUCUACAAAACGCCAAACUGCUAUGAUUGUGUCGCAACGUGCUUCUUUAUUGACUGUGGCAAUAAUAUUGUGGACUUCAUUGAAGCUAUUUUUAGAAUAUUAAAACCCGGCGGUAUUUGGGUAAAUUUAGGUCCACUACUCUACCACUUCAGCGAUAUACAAGGAGAAAAUAGUAUUGAACCGACUUUCGAGAACCUGGAGUUAAUCAUAAAAAUGGUUGGUUUUGAGUUUCUGCGUUCCCAGACUGGUAUGCGCACCAAGUACGCACAGAAUCCACAGUCUAUGCUAAAAAGUGAAUACGAAAGCUUGUUUUGGAUUUGUCGAAAGCCCGAAAAUGCGCGUGACAAUACAGAUGAUUUGUCGCAACGCGACGAUGAGGUAGAGGAGUCCGGCGGUAGCAGCACUAGCAACACAAAUAAUCACUAUGUUGAUAUAUUCAGCAAUGGCUAUAAGAAUGCCUACCAACAUCAAUAGUACUAACAGUCUCUUAAGUAACAGAGACAACAAAUUGUGCAGGGUACUAGCUUGCCUAAAAUUUUUAGUUAUUAGUUAUUUUGCAAUUAUAGGAUUUCUGUUUAAACAGACUAUAAA